AUGCAGCAAUCCGCACAAUUGACUCCGAACUGUCUUCCAUUCUCCAUCCUCUGUCCUAGGUUUAUGACUGCACUCGAUGAAAGGUCUUCACCGUGGAGAUCGAUAUGGAUUUCUAUCGUGAUGCAGUUCAUGGUCGGUAUACAAACAUCAAUUUAUUACAUGUCAAUGUGGCCAUACCUCAGCCUUAUUGAUAGCACGGCGACGGUGGAUUUUCUUGGAUGGGUUAUUGCGGCAUGCAGUCUGGGUUGUUCAAUCGCCAAUCCGCUAUUUGGUUACUGGAAUCAGAAAACCAUGUCAAUCAAAGCCCCGGUGAUUCUUGGGAUGUUAAUGAUGAUUAUUGGUCAGGGAAUUUUUGCUCUUUUACCUUUACUUAGCUCGUACCAAAAAUAUGUGAUGUUAGGAGCAAGGUUAUUAACGGGUUUUGGCGCAGGAACUCUAUCUGUAUUGAGAGCCUAUGCAGCUACAGCUUCUGUUCCAAAAGAUCGCCUCCGAGCAGUAUCUUUAGGCACAGCUGGCUACGUCCUUGGACUCUCAUUCGGACCUGCAAUACAGGCUGUUUUUACACCUAUAGGAGAGUACGGAGCAAGAGUUGGAAUUUUAGUGUUUAAUAUGUAUACAGUGCCUGCGUACUUCAUGGUUGUACUAUCUGUGAUUAGUUGUUUCGUUAUUCAGUUCCUUUUCAAGGAAGAGUACGCCGGUAUAAUCAGUGAAGAAGAUAAAGAAGGUAAUCCAUAUAUGGUGAUUCCAAACUUUGACAUUGUUCCCGCACUUAUUUGCAUUUAUUUAUGGGUAGUAUCGUGCAUGGUAGCUACAAAUAUAGAAGUGAUCUCGACCCCUUGGUCUGUUUCUAUGUACAACUGGAAAGACUCUGAUGCUGUACUUUACAACGGACUCUUCCAAACUGCCUCUUGCCUGGUCUCUUCGGGAAUGAGUGCUCUCAUUGGCUACACGCGUAUAGGAAACAUUGAAAAACGGAAGCAGAUAAUAUUUGGGAUUACUGUGUUUCUUCUCUUCCACGUUUUCAAUUAUCCUUGGCCAUUCUAUCCUGGACCCCUGGACUACGUUCCAGAAGGCAAGAACACAACAGAGAUAGGAGGCUGUCUUCGAUCAUACACAUGGUGUAAAGAUACAGUGCGAGUACCAUUUCCAAUAUACUUUACCUGCUUUGUGUUCUUUUUCGGAAUAUCAUUUCCAUUUACGGGAUCACCUUCAGCAACGUUAUACUCGCAGAUUCUUGGGCCUCGCAAACAGGGGACCAUGCAAGGUCUGCACUCAUUUGGAGGAAGUUUAGCUCAAUUCAUUGCACCAAUUAUAACUACAUAUUUAUUCAAAGUGUCGGGAUAUCAAUACGUUAUGGUCAUCCAAAUCUUCACUCUGGGUUUCGCAUUAUUACUCACACUUGUGUUCUACAGGCGACUGGUUCCGCUGAAAAUGAAACCACCUCAGGGAAAGGCAGCGAAAUAUAAAGAUGGCGUUUUCUACACAAUGUGA